AUGACUGGAGGAAAGAAGGAGGGUUCAACCAAUCCGUCAGCUGUCCGGAUUCGUGACAACCAACGACGGUCCCGUGCACGGCACAAGGAGUAUGUCGAGGGCUUGCAGAAGAAGCUUCAAGACUAUGAGCGUCGAGGUGUCGAGGCCACUUUGGAGAUGCAGCAGGCAGCUCGGAGCGUUGCUGUCGAAAACUCCCGCCUAAAAAUUCUGCUGGGUUAUCAUGGUGUCACUAAUGAUGACGUUGAAAAGUUCCUGCAAAGCUUCCCUGAUCAGUCAGUUUCCGACGCCGCAAAGGCAACCAUUUCGCAGUCGACCGCCGGCCAACCACCCAUCGCCCUCGCACCCAAGAUGCCUCUCCAACCCUUAUCAAGAGCGCCGUCAGAUUCUCCAAGGACGUUACCGCUGCCACAAAUCCAACAAGAGACCAGCACAAACACUCGAGAUGUCGUGGACGCAGUGGUAGGGAUCAAGAGAGACUCUCGAAAAGCUGGUUUAGACGGCAGACCAAAGCUCCCCUUGCCGAUAGAACAUCGACAACCACUUUUGCAACCUCGACCUCAAUUGCCCAUGCUGCCAGCACUGCCAUCUCUUGUACUUGGCCAGGGCAGACCAGAACCCCCUCCUCUCGAUAAACUGUCGGUCCUUGCGACAGCCAGCGUGCACCAAGAACCCGAUUCAAAUAAACACCGUCGUUCACAUUCCAACGCCGACAGUCUCCGUGUUCCGAGCCCGUCAAUAAUGGGGCAAAGCUCACCGGCAUCUUCACACACGACCCCCACGAGUCGUCUAAGUUCGACGUCGCCAUGA